AUGAACUAUUUGUUUGUGACAUUAGCUGCAUUCGUGGCCGCUGCUUCUAACGAAUCGGCGAAGAACAUGGGGCCACUCGUCGGAGCCCCAGCUGACACCUCAUUGCAUAGCCCUGAAGUGGUCGAAGCGGCUGAUAUAUCAGUGAAGAAAAUCAAUGCCGACUCGAAAGGCGAUGCCUACAGAGCCAUGUUGACUUUAGAGAAGGCUAGCAAACAGGUGGUAGCCGGCGUAAUGUAUCAUCUGGAGUUGCAAGUUGCUGAAACCGUUUGUUCAAAGGCCCAGGUACUGAAAAAGAUUCGAAUUUAA